AUGGCAAGAUCAGCAGGAGCCUCCUCAAUGGCUUCUUUCACAACAUUUUUGAUGGUACUCAUAUCUCUCAGCCUUCCUUUCCAAACCAUAGCAAACGUCUACUAUUACAACUCACCACCACCCCCAACUCCAGUGUACCACUAUGCAUCCCCACCUCCACCUACUCCAGUCUACAAACCUACUCCAACUCCAGUCUAUCAUUAUAAGUCACCCCCACCUCCUACUCCGGUUUACAAGCCCCCCACUCCUACCCCAGUGUACAAGUACAAGUCACCACCACCACCAACUCCAGUCUAUAAGCCCACUCCCUCUCCAGUAUACAAGUACAAGUCACCACCACCAACUCCGGCUUAUAAAUAUAAAUCACCACCACCACCUACUCCGGUCUACAAGCCAACUCCUCAUCCAGUUUACAAAUACAAAUCACCACCACCUACUCCGGUUUAUAAGUACAAAUCACCACCACCUCCUACUCCGGUGUACAAGCCCGCUCCUCAUCCAGUUUACAAAUACAAAUCACCACCACCAACAACUCCCGUUUACAAGCCUACUCCAACUCCAGUUUACAAGUACAAAUCACCGCCACCACCUACUCCUGUUUACAAGCCAGCUCCUCACCCAGUUUACAAGUACAAAUCACCACCACCACCAACUCCAGUUUAUAAGCCUGCUCCUCAUCCUGUUUACAAGUACAAGUCACCACCACCCCCAACUCCCAUCUACAAGCCAACUCCAGUUUACAAACCACCUACCCCAGUCUACAAGCCCACUCCUCAUCCAGUUUACAAAUACAAGUCACCACCACCCCCAACUCCCGUUUACAAGCCAACUCCGAUUUACAAACCCCCCACUCCAGUUUACAAGCCUGCUCCUCAUCCCGUUUACAAGUACAAGUCACCACCACCUCCAACUCCUUUCUACAAGCCAACUCCAGUGUACAAACCUCCCACUCCAGUUUACAAGCCCGCUCCUCAUCCCGUUUACAAGUACAAGUCACCACCACCACCAACUCCAGUCUACAAGCCAACUCCAGUGUACAAACCCCCCACUCCAGUUUACAAGCCCGCUCCUCAUCCCGUUUACAAGUACAAGUCACCACCACCUCCAACUCCUGUCUACAAGCCAACUCCACUGUACAAACCCCCUACCCCAGUCUACAAACCCACUCCUACACCAGUGUACAAGCCCCAUCCACCUACUCCAGUGUACAAACCUACCCCAGUACACAAACCAACCCCAAGUUACCUAUACACAUCUCCUCCUCCUCCUUACCACUAUUGA